GGGUGACUACACUGAUUCGGGGACGGUGCUGAAAGAGAAGAAGGUGGACUUGAGGAGGAAGGGGGACCAGGGUUAGAGAGCCAAAGAGAAGAAAAGAACUAGCAAUUGGGUGCCUGUGGGGAGGAGACUGCUGAGAAAUCCUGGACUUCUGACUUGCAGCCUAGACUUUGCCACCCACUUGCUGUACCAGGCCUAAUUACUGUGUGUCUCAGAGCCUGGCUGCUUUUCUCUGCAAACAAGCCGAAAUCCACGUCUUGCCCGGCAAGGUUUGUCGAAUGCAUUUCCGGGCUCUUUGCCAGGCCCAAGUAGUUUUUCCUCUCCUUCAAGGCUACUUCUUCAAGUUGGUUUUUGUCCAUUUUUUUAAUGUCCCACAGGAUGGAACUGAGCCGGAAGCUCCUAACCGGAUGCCUUCUUCUGACUGUGUGUGUGAUGAUCAGCUCUGGCCAGCACUGGUCCUACGGCCUUCGCCCGGGGGGGAAGAGGGAUGCUGACAACUUGAUCGAUUCGUUCCAAGAGAUGGCCAAUGAAGCGAACCAGCUGGCAGAACCUCAGCGUUUUGAAUGCACCAUUCACCAGCCACGUUCCCCAUUCCGGGAUCUGAAAGGGGCUUUGGCCAGCUUGAUCGAAGAAGAAGCUGGGAGGAAGAAGGUUUAACUCCAGUGGAUGAAGAGAAUUUCCCAACAUGUCUCUGUAGUGAUGAUUGUCAAAAUGUGUCCUGAGACCUUUGGAAGUCUCUCCAAUCCAAAUCAUGUUUCCGCAUUGAAAAUCCCUUGGAAUUGAGAGCCCUGUUCUGAAUAAAGUAGUUAUCGAUGUUUCACCUGCUUCUGCAGUUCAGAUGUUCUUCUCUGCCCACUGUGCCAUCUGGCCGCCCUUAGGACCAGCACAUCUUGGGAUGAGCUGAGACAGAGGCUACCGUGAAUCCCUCGCUUUUCAUAUUAAAAUGUCUGAGAUGGAGUGGGGACGGUGUGAUGCUCAACCCCUACAGCUGGGACAGGGCUCGCUCUCAAGGAGCUCAGUCUAUGACG